CUCCCCUGGAAGGGUCAGCCACCACACUGCCCAGAGCCUAAUCAGCUGACGGCUGGACAGUCGCUCACUCUCUCUGUCUCUCUCUAUCUCUCUCUGUCACACAGCUCUGCGUCAGCAAUGGCUAAUCAGAGGCACUCAGGUCCACGCAGCUACGCCAUCAACACCAUGACGGACCGCUUCGACUGCCAUUACUGCCGCGACUCUCUGUACGGCAAGAAGUACAUCAAGAAGGACGAGAAGCACAGCUGCCUGCGCUGCUUCGACAAGUUCUGCGCCAACACCUGCGCAGAGUGCCGGCGCCCCAUCGGAUCAGACGCCAAGGAGCUGCACCAUAAGAACCGGUACUGGCACGAGGACUGUUUCCGCUGCGCUAAGUGCUACAAGCCCCUGGGCAGCGAGCCCUUCUCCGCCAAGGAUGACAAGAUCCUGUGCAGCAAGUGCAUCUCCAGGGAGGACUCGACCCGCUGCCAUGGCUGCUACAAACCCAUUCUGCCAGGAACUCAGAGCGUGGCGUACAAGGGCAACACCUGGCAUGAGGAGUGCUUCACCUGCUUCCAGUGCAAGCUGCCCAUCGGGUCGCAGAGCUUCCUGACCAAGGGAGAGGACAUUUACUGUACCUCCUGCCACGAGAAGAAGUUUGCCAAGAUCUGCUUCCACUGCAAGAAGGCCAUUACUUCUGGUGGGGUCAGUUACCAGGACCAGCCCUGGCACUCUGAGUGCUUCGUCUGCAACACCUGCAAGAAACCCCUGGCUGGGCAGCGCUUCACUGCCCACGAGGACAACCUGUACUGCGUGGACUGCUACAAGACCACCGUGGCUAAGAAGUGCUCCGGCUGCGAAAACCCCAUCACCGGAUUUGGGAAAGGUACCAAUGUGGUGAAUUACGAAGGACAAUCGUGGCAUGAGUACUGCUUCACCUGCAAGAAGUGCUCCCUCUCGCUGGCCAACAAGCGCUUUGUCAUCCACAGUGAAGCCAUCUACUGCCCGGACUGCGCCAAGAAGCUGUAAACAGCACCAUCAAGCAACAGGGGUACAGGCUUGUACACACUGAGGGGGAGAAGAAACGAUUUGAAUUCUUUUAGAUUGGAAACAAGUUCAGUAUAGUGGGCCUGUAUUGUAAUUCAAGUUGCACUAGCACGCCCCUGGCAUAAUUAUAGUUAGACAGGCACCAGCAUUACUAGAAUUGAGUCAGCUGCAGAUGUAAUGCAAACCAAAAGCAUCAGCAAUCAAUGGCAGUGUUAGCGAUGGUCCACGAUGCAGGUUUUAAAUAAUUUUAUUUUUUACUGCUUCCUCCCCAAGAAAUCAUCAUUUAUCUAUUAAAGUAAUUCAUCUUUUCAGACUUUGUAAGCAUGCAUGGUAACCAGUUACUUUGUGGCUCUUUGCUAAGGGUCUGAGUUGCAUUGAUGAGUAAUAGCCUUUUUCUGGAAUGCUUGUGCUCCUAGACAGUAGUGUGGAUUUUCUCAAAAGCAGCAUUAAUAUAAUAAAGCUUUAAACAUUUUUAAGGGUGAUUAUGAGUUGGCUAAAUAAUAGUAAGCAAAUACUUUAUGUAAGCACAUGUAUUAAUUAACAUGUAGGGAUACAAAUAUAUAUCAUUUUUUGUUCUUCUGCAUCUCAAGAUAAUGUGUGUUGCUGUGUAUUUUAUCUUUUAAAAUGGCCAAGUGUUCAUGUAUAGCUUUGCCAGCUACUAAAAAAAAAAAAAAAAGCAGUUUCCAGGCCGCUUCGCAGAAGUUAGUGGAACAUAAUUGUUAUGCAGAUAAUCAAAGUAUCAGAUGCAUUGCUGGAGCACCAACACUUUGAGCUUUUACAAAAUAUUAAGUAUAUGGAAACACCUAAUGCAGCAAACAGUAAUCUUAUAACAGGGCAGCUGAGCAUGGUAACACAUUGUGUCAGUACUCUAAACAUACAUAUUGAUGAAUUGCUGUAAUCAUGAAUAUUGGAAAUGAGUAACAUUACAUUUUCCAAUGAAAUGGCAAUUAAAUGCAAGAAUAAAGUAGGUGAAAAUGA